AUGGAGAGCAAACUGGUCCCGACGAGAUCCCGUGUGCGCCGAGAGGAGAAGAGUGGCCUUUGUAAAGGUUCACAAGGCCGCGAGCACAACAGUUACUACCAUUCUACAAAGCCAGAAAAACUGCCCCCGAUUCCUAAAGGAAAGGUCUAUGAAAUUCUGUGUCAGCAUGUUGUGUACAGCCAAGUGGCGUUUAAGAAGUACCUUCCUCCAGAUGUCGCUGUCAUAGCGGCGGUCAGAGAACCACUCGACCGAUUUGUGUCGUCUUUCUUGUAUUUCCACCAGUAUCCAACAUCUGUGAAGCAAAAAUCGAGAGUGAAUGGAAAUGACAUUAUGUUGAUGAGAGAGUUUCUGAAAAACCCGGAGUUUUACGAGCCAGCGAUCUUUAAACAGGGAUCUUUAGCUGUCAACCGGAUGUCAUUUGACUUCGGCAUUCCUAAAUCCCAAUACAGCAACGCGAGUUUUGUGGACAAGUACAUUAAAAUGGUGGACGAACAUAUGGAAUUUGUUUUGGUUGCUGAUCAUUUUGACGCGUCUCUUGUGAUUUUAAAACGAAAACUGUGUUGGUCAACUAAAGAUAUUCUGUAUGAAGUACAACAUAAGGGUAUGAAGCAAAAACCCGCCAUUCCUGAAGAUAUCAGACAAAGCUUGAAAAAUCUUUCUCCAUCAGACUUUCAGCUUUACGAUUACUUUAGUAGGAAGUUUCAGCGAAUAGCGCAAGCUGAGCUUAACUUGUCGGAAGAGGUGAGCAUUUUCCAAGAAACAUUGAAAAAUGUGACUAGAUUCUGUGGCGCUCUGAGCAAAAGUGGACCUCAGUUCAAGCACUUUGAAAAGACGCAAUUUUCCCACGAAUUUAACAUCACUAAGUUGGACUGUGAUUAUCUUAGUUUUAAAGAAGAAGCAUUCAUAAAAUUGCUGUGGAAAAAUCAGGCGAUAUAA